AGCGGCGCGGGCGCCGCGGCUCAGGCACCGCCGCGGACUCGCCUCAGGACCUCGCGCGGCUGGGCCCGGAAGUGCGUGCGCUCGGCCUUUCCGCGUCCCUCGCGGCGAGCGUCAGGUCGUAGCGGCGUGGUCCGCGCCGAGGGGUCGCGGCCAACUGCUCCUUCGCGGGCCCCGCCGCCGCCGCGCUCGCCCUGCUCCUCGGUGGAGGGAAGAUGGUGGGCCGGAACAGCGCCAUCGCCGCCGGCGUCUGCGGGGCUCUUUUCAUCGGGUACUGCAUCUACUUCGACCGUAAGAGACGGAGCGACCCCAACUUCAAGAACAGGCUUCGAGAACGAAGAAAGAAGCAGAAGCUUGCUAAGGAGAGAGCUGGACUUUGCAAGUUACCUGACCUUAAAGAUGCUGAAGCGGUUCAGAAAUUCUUCCUUGAAGAAAUACAGCUUGGUGAAGAGUUGUUAGCCCAAGGCGAAUAUGAGAAGGGUGUAGACCAUCUAACAAAUGCAAUUGCUGUGUGUGGACAGCCACAGCAGUUGCUGCAAGUGUUACAGCAAACUCUUCCACCACCAGUGUUCCAGAUGCUUCUGACCAAGCUUCCAACAAUUAGUCAGAGAAUUGUAAGUGCUCAGAGCUUGGCUGAAGAUGAUGUGGAAUGAGAAAAUGUCAACAUAAUCUCAAUUAAAAAUAUUUUUAAAAUCUUAAGUCAGAAGAUGAGCAGCUCUGGGGGAGUAAGGGCAAAUAGGCUUGUUAUGGACUGUCCUAUGCUGAAAUCUACCAAAGUUAAUUUUUACUUUGUGUAGAUCCAUUCAUCUGUUUUAUUUAUUUUUCCCAGUGAAAAGUGUAUUUUGAUAGAAAGCGUUUUCAUUUUAUAAAUACACUAUGAGUUACCAAAAUAUCAUGAUUUAUUUUAUUCUUAAAACGUGCAAUUAAAAAGUGUACAUAUAACAUCACUACUUAUAUUAAAAAUACUCAGUGCUUAGUUUUGAAAGAUAGGCAAAAAAGUAUAAGAGAAAGCUGAAGAAUGCACGUUUUUUUAAGCUAAUACACUUUGCUCUACAUAAAACAAUUGGAUGGAAACUUAUUUUGUUUAUCAAAACUGAGCAUUAAAAUUCUUGAGAGAUUAUUUCUUUCCAAUUAAUCUCUUAAAUAUGUGAGAUUUGCUGCUGUGCUGUAUUAAUUCCUCCCUCCCUGUGUAUUUGUCUUGAAAUGUUUUGUUUAAAUUGGUGGGCUUAAUGUGUUCUGGAUAUUUAUCUCUUUGUAUUUAGAUGUAUGUAGUUGCAAUUAGCACCGGGAAUUAGAUCUAUGUACAUCCUUAAUCUAGCCAUGUGAGCUUCACCAGUUACUGUCUGCCCUCUUUCCUCAAACAGUAAGGAAAUUGGUCUGCUAAUUCAGAGAAGUGUCCCUUUUAGCUUUUAAUUCAUUUGGUUUUAUUCAGCAUCUUCAAAUCCACCUUCGCCUGAGGUAUAUAUUUGUUUGGACAACCAGGCCUUGCAUUUUUUUUACUCUGAAGUUUGCAUGCUUGCCUGACCUAGUAUAUCUAAACCCACUUGCCCUUUUUAAAAAAGAUCUAACUUAUGUUGCUUUUCACUGAAAUUUUAUGGUUCUGUCGCUACUCUUGUAAAUCUGAAACUUAACCUGUAGGGUAACUGGGAUGCUAAGCUUGUAAAAUGUUCUCCUUUGCUUUUAUCUUCAGUGUAUCUCCUUAAUCCUCUUUCAGUCUUAUUCAUUUAUCUUGUUAUGAUGAGAAUAAGGUGUAAUCUUGUGACUGAACACUUGCAAAGAAGGGAGAUGUUCUCAAAAUAGUGACAUGUCAUCUGUAGUCACAGAUUGAACAUCAGGUCUGAGAAUAAAGAUCUUGGUACUUACUGUCA